CUUAACCAUUGCCGGGCGCGUGCCUGGCUCGCGCUACUGCGCGCGUCUGACGUCACGAAACCAAACACCGAUGCCAGGAUCGCCCAAUAAGUACUGUAGGCUGGUUCGGGUGCUCAGCCAUCUAACGGUAACGACUUCGCAUUGUCCGUUCGUCCGUCCGUGUUAUCCGAGAUUCUCACGUCCUGUGUUUACUCAUAACUGUAAACAUCGAGGAAAGAGACACUUGUAGCUUAAGCUGGAGUUCUGUGGAUGUUUCGCCAACACAGAAAGGAGCUAGUUUGAGCGAGUUCCGACAGCGGACGAGACCGACAGGUGACCCCCGGGAUCCUACUCCUGGCAGAGUCUGAGUGUCUACAGAGGAUCUUACACACCCUCCCUUGAUACUAGGACCUCAAACAGACAGAGAGAUCCAGUAUGGAGGCCAAGUAAUCGUCAUCACUUGAAGGAUUGACGUCUGCAGCAUCUGAUUGACCUUUGACUCCUUUGUGCCGCCACCUGCUGGGAGAAUGUCUUCUCCCGCCAAGGUGCACGAUCCCUUGUACAACUUUGAGACUCAUUUCCCUGAGCGUCUGUCCCGUCUGCACCUCCACCCCGAGCUGUCCUCCUCCGUCCGGCGUCAGAAGCGCACCAAGCGGUCGGGGGCACGCUACAAGACGCAACCAGUGACCUUUGAUGAAAUACAGGAAGUCGAUGAGGAACCGUCGACUGAGGAGAAGAAGGAGGAGGGACUGAAGGGCAAGUUCCAGGCCUUCUCGAGGUCCAUGGAUGGACUGUUGCCAAAGUUACCGGCAGGGUCGCCCAAGCAGUCGUCAGGUCGGAGGCAUCCUGGUCACCCUCCUGUCAUCCAAGAGAAAGAUGCUGAGGUUGAGUCACGGCUACAGGAGCCUCCGAGCGAGGUGAAGGCUGUGCCGACGAAGGGGAAAGGAGUGGAGGCACGACUCACAGAAGCAAACCUUACAGAGGAGAAGCUGCAGGCAACGUUGACUCCGCCUGGCACACCGUCAUCUCCGGAAGACGGUUCCCCAGUCGUGCCUCUUCCCUCCCCCAACACAGCGCACAGGAGACAGAAGAUAACCGCCAAGGCCAAGAAGAGACAAAAAGCCUCUGAAACAGGCGGCGGGAAGGAGACGUAAACUGGUCUUGGCAAAGUGACGUACGAGUGUGCCUGAAGGUGAAGCUCUCCACUAUUUGUGUAAUAUAUACCAAUAUACGAUGACAUGUACUGGAUUAAUUAUCAAAAUUACUUAGACAUUGUCCCAUGUGGUUACGGUGUCCUCUUCUACCCGAGAUAACUUAGCGUUGUACAGUUGUGGAGCGACCGUCAGGAUGUGACAUUCGUAAAUAUUGGGCUUAUGUGAUCGCUUCUGAUGAGGUUCCCAAUACAGAGCUUGUGUUUUGGACUUGGAUUUCUACAUAAAAUCGCUGUAUUUCUUCCGUCUUUGUAAUCUGCUGGUCGCCAUUAACUGCUGACUGCAAUGGAGCCUCGACACUCGUGGAUUAUAUUUAUUUUCAAACUCUCUACCCACUGUUUCGCCUUACUUAGUGCCGAUGUUCCUAUAAGUGUCCUGCAAUAUGGCGACUGUGGAAUGUACGAUAGUAGAUGUGCCUAGUUGGUGGAGUUAUCCGUAAGUCUCGUGCCUUGCCGUCAACCCUGGCGGCCAUGUUUACAAGGUAGGCUUUGCCCACAGCACUGAUUAAGAUGAAAUCGAAAAUGAGCCAUUCCAAUGCUACCUUAACAGAGAAAAGAAAGAAAUCAGUGCUUUCGUAACUCUAGCUCAAACAGAGAUAAAUGUCCUUCGUAAGUCCAUCUCUUUCAGAGCGAAUGAAGCCUUUCGUAAAUCUAGCUCAUACAGAGAUAAAUGUCCUUCGUAAGUCCAUCUCUUGCAGAGCGAAUAGAGCCUUUCGUAACUCUAAGUCUAUCAGAUGAAAAAGAGAAUUUCGACACUGAGGGGAAAAUCCUUUCGUAGGUCAAAAUGGACAUAGGUCUAUAUUUGUGAAUGAACGAAUAUAUACAGCUACGAACGUGAACAGAAGGCUCCUUUCGAUUUUAUUUUAUGAUUCUGCGCCGAGUGUCUGUGGGUCUCUGACCGCCCGAACGCCUAAUCAUGUGUGUGUUAAUCCAGAGUUAGCCGAAAACUGUCAAAUGUUAUCUAACAAUUGUUUGGCUGCUAUACUAUAGCCAACUGAAAUUAUGAAUUAGGGUGAAUUUAUUGUUUUCUGUAGGUUCUACAGCUGACGUAUGCUGCAUUGUAAAGAAUGUUCUGUUAGAUGUUGCGCAUUUGCCAUCAAAUGAGAUUAAUACCUUGUUACUCGUAUUUGUAAACAAUACUGGGCAAAUUAAUGUUUUGUCCAAAUAAACUAUUAUUUCAAUACAAA